AUGAAAGUCAUCUCUUUGUACGAAGCUUCAAAGAUAGUACUGCCAUCUGCCGAUAAUUUAGGGCGCUCUUUCUUAAAUAUCCUAUUGUCUUCUCAGCUGGGUCUUAACUGUGAAAACGUUGAAACAAAGGAUCUGCAAAAAUACAUACUUAGAAAAGCAAAGGCAAGAGGCUUGCUAGCUGAAAAGGGUGUCUUCAAAAUGCCUAGUUCCGGUGGUGCAGCUACAGAAGAAAGGGUGCAAUUUGGAUCGACUAGUCAUGAAGAUUCAGGUUGCAGUCAGGAAGCUAAAAAGGUUGGAAUUAGUGAAGAAUUGCAAGAUCACAAAAUGAAGCCAUCAUCGUCCAACAAUGAGGAGUCAAGCAAUAGCAAAGAGGAGGAAGUACUUGAAUCUGCCAAAACUGAAAUGGGUGAAGUGAGAGAAGAAAAUGAAAGAUUAAAGAUGAUGCUGGAGCGAAUUGAGAAAGACUACCAGUCCCUUCAGUUCCGCUUCUUCGACAUCCUUCAGCAUGAAACUAGUUCUAAGCAAUCUACAGAUUCAACCCCAUCCCAUGACGAAACUGAAGAACCUCAUGAUCUCGUGUCACUUUGCCUUGGAAGAAGUCCAAGCGAGCCUAAAAAGGAAGAGAAGUCUACCAACACUACCAAAAGGAGGGAAAAUGAAGAGUUGAAGGCUAACUUGACUCUUGGAUUGGACUCCAAGUUUCUGAUAUCCUCAGAGAUUGUGUCAAAUCCAAGCCCUGCAGAGAGCGUAGAGGAACCAAAGGAAGAAGAAGCUGCAGAAACAUGGCCAUCAAGCAAGAUUCCAAAGAGAAAUGGAGAUCAUGAUGAGGUUGCACAACAAGGCCAUCCGAAAAGAGCUAGGGUUUGUGUGAGGACAAGAUGUGAUACACCCACAAUGAAUGAUGGAUGCCAGUGGAGGAAAUAUGGACAGAAAAUUGCGAAAGGAAACCCAUGCCCACGAGCAUAUUAUCGUUGCACAGUUGCACCAUCAUGUCCAGUACGAAAACAGGUGCAAAGAUGUGCUGAGGACACGACCAUCUUGAUCACUACCUAUGAAGGAACACAUAACCACCAACUUCCAGUUUCAGCCACAGCCAUGGCUUCUACCACUUCAGCAGCUGCUUCCAUGUUAUUAUCUGGCUCUUCAUCCUCUCAGCCAGGCCUUGGUUCUCUUAUCAAUGCAACCUCCGCUCGUACUGAACUCAAUGGAUUAAGCUUCAGUCUUCAUGACAAUUUGAGAACAAAGCAACUCUACUUUCCAAAUUCCUCCUCACCGAUGUUCCCAACGAUUACUCUAGACCUUACCACCUCCUCCUCCACUUCAACUAAUCCUUUCAAUAGUAGGUUCUCUUCAAGCUUCAGUUCAACCUCUAGAUUUCCUUCAACAAGUCUUAACUUUUCUUCCACCGAAUCCAACACUCUGCCUACAAUAUGGAACAACGGGUACCAAAAUUAUGGCACACUAUCCUAUAAUCAUCAACAAUUAUAUCAACCAUACAUGGAAAAGAACUUUCAAGCCGCACCUACUCAACAGGUAUUAGCGGAAACCUUAACAAAGGCAAUAACGUCGGAUCCAAGUUUCCGAACGGUGAUUGCCACAGCUAUUUCAUCAAUGAUGGGAGGUGGAGGUAGUGUAAGUGCAAACAAUAGAAACCAACGGGCCGGAGAUCAGAAUUCUUCUGGGCAGAAUUUGAACAUGGGUGAUCAGACCAGUACUCCUCGGGCAUUUUCUACCAAUUCAUUGACCCAGAAUGGGAAAUUAGGAUGUGCAUCAACCUACUUCAAUGGAUUGUCAUCUUCUACUUCUCAGAAGGGAAGUCUGCUUCAACCUGCAUUGCCAUUUUCUAUAUUUAACAGUGCCUCCAUGCCAAAUAAUGACAAUGAGGAACACAAGAGUUAA